AUGGCUCCUAGAAUCGCUUUCCACAACAAUUACUUCAAAGCAGCAUCGAAAGAUGUCUGGUCGUUGAUCAAUGAAACUGCGGCUGCUGCCGAAAAGGAAACAGGCAAAAAGGUUGUCAACUUAGGUCAAGGGUUCUUCUCGUAUUCUCCUCCAGAUUUUGUCAUCAAUGCUGGUAAGCAGGCGUUCGAUAUCCCUUCCAAUAACCAAUACGCUCCUGCCAGAGGGAAACCCCAAUUGUUAAAGCAAUUAUCAACAUUCUACACAAAUAAAUUCCAAAGACCAGUGAUCCCAGAUAACAUCUUGGUCACCACCGGUGCCAAUGAAGGGAUGUUGGCGGUAUUCUUCGGAUUCUUGAACCCUGGCGAUGAAGUCAUUGUGUUUGAACCAUUCUUUGAUCAAUAUAUCUCUAACAUUGAAUUGACAGGUGCCAAAGUGGUGUACGUCCCGUUACACCCUCCAAAAGAUAUUGAUGAACGUAACAUUGAAGGUUCAGAAUGGAAGAUUGAUUACCAAGAAUUGGAGUCCAAGAUGAACAGCAAGACAAGAAUCAUUGUGGUUAAUUCACCAUUGAACCCUGUUGGUAAGAUUUUCUCUACUGAAGAAUUGACCAGAAUUGGAGAAUUGGCGAUCAAGCACGAUUUAUUGAUCUUGAGUGAUGAAGUGUAUGAAAACUUGUAUUAUGGUGAUAGUUUCCCACGUUUCGCCACUUUAGCUCCAGAAAUCCACGAAAGAACAUUGACCGUGGGGUCUGCUGGUAAGGCCUUCUGUUGUACCGGGUACCGUAUUGGCUGGGUCGUGGGGCCUUCGGAUUUGAUCCAGUACGCCCUCGCAGCCCAUACCAGAAUCUGUUUCAGUUCGCCAUCGGUGAUGCAGAUGCAAAUUGCUCAAGCCCUCGAGGAGGUCAAUAAUGACAAAACAUCAAAUAAUUACAUGAUCCAAAACCGUGAGGCUUAUAAGAAGAAAUUCAGUAUCUUAUGCAAAGGGUUUGACGAAUUGGGAUUGCCAUACACUAAACCAGAAGGCGCGUACUAUUUGUUAGUCAGUUUCAAAAAAGUGAAGAUCCCAGAAGACUACGUGUUCCCUGAAGAAUUACAAGGCCGUGCCAACGAUUUCAAGUUGGCUUAUUGGUUGAUUAGAGAAUUAGGGGUGGUGGCCAUCCCACCAAGUGAAUUCUACACUAAGGAAAAUCAACAUAUCGCUGAAACCUUGUUGAGAUUUGCCGUGUGUAAAGAUGAUGCGUAUUUGGAAGAAGCAGUUGAAAAGUUGAGAGGGUUGAAGAAGUAUCUUUGA